UUAUGUUGUUUUGUUUUUGGAUGUUGCUUCGUGCGCAGUGUGUUCUCUGUGUGAUCUCUUUGCUGAAGGUUGUGAGAAGUAUUUAAGGAGAGUGGCAGCUGGGCCAUGUCUGGCUGGAAACAGCACCCUCUGCUACUGCAGCUGAAGGCUGCUGAUGAGCAGCUCUCAAGUGGCCUGUUCCUGGCCUCAAACAAUGGUUCACCUUUGGCCCACUACCGGCCUACGAUGCAGAUGCUUGAGUACUCAGCACAUGGCAUCCCAUGGCUCUUGGUGACGUGCCUACUCAUUUGGUUCGUCACUGACCGAGAUUUGGAGGCAUUUUACGUCAACUUGCUGAUAGCACUCGUGUUGGACCUCAUUGCUGUGGCCUGUAUUAAGGCAGUAGCUCGGCGGAAACGACCCCCAGUCAACGUGCACGACAUGUUCUUCACGGUAUCAAUCGAUAACCACUCAUUCCCAUCGGGUCAUGCAUCACGUGUCGUCUUCCUUGCAUGCCUGUUUAUGAACUACACAACAAUCAAUGUGGUCUUCAAGGUUGUUUCAUUGGUGUGGAGCCUUUCUGUGGUUGCAUCACGGGUGCUGCUGGGACGGCACUAUGUUGGUGAUGUGGUGGGUGGUGCCAUACUUGGACUGAUUGAGUAUUUCAUCAUCAUGAACAUCUUUUGGAUGAAUACUGACACUGCACUGAGUUUUGCAUCGUUCUUCACAACAUUUGAUAACCUGCAUGGUGGCAUUAAGGAAGUGGAGGUUUGAAGAAAGCUGGGUGGCCGCAUGACACCUCUGGUUGUAGAUAGUGUCGUCACUUAAUGCCCCUCUUUGUGGUGCUCAUGUUACAGCCCAGUGUUUUUGUUGCGAUCACUUCAUCAACAUUUUAUUUUGGUUCGAAAUAGUGUCAGCAACAGAUACAGCAGCAGCAUAAGACACCAUGAAAUAGUUUGCCAAUGCUUUUUAGCUUACAGUAGGCUACAUUUAAGACAAAUUUGGAGAUGCCUUCAAAAUCAGCCCAUCUCCUAAAAAGUUUGGCACCUCGCCAGAUAUUAGCAUCGUAAAUAAGCAAGCCUGUUGCAUUGAUCACGUAGUGAUUAUUGUUUCUACAAAAUAUUACACCUAUAUAUGCCACAAAAACUACUGAAAAUUCAAACGAAAGCCUGCGCAUUAUUUUUAUUAAUGCAGCCAUUCUCCUUGUCCGCAAGCUUGUCAAAGUUCUCACCUGUACAAUCCAAGAUGAUUAUGCACUGCACAACGUAAAAAUAGCCAGCCUAAGUGUGAACAUGGGGAUUUCCCUGAUAAUCAAAGUGCAGAAAACUGCUCCCAGAAAUGCACCGCACAGUAAGAAGGGAAGAGAUUAAAAAAAAAAGACGGACUGGGCUUGGGUAUAAGUUUGAUGUGGGGCCACUAUGGCAAAAGGUAAAAGAGCAGUGUGGCUUGCAAAACACUAUUCCAGGCAAUGGAAUAAAGCUUAUGCUACAAGGAAGGCAGUUCCCAUCCUUGCAUUCACUUGCUUUUAUCUCUGCCAUUAGUAAACCGUUUUGAAAAUUUGUUGAUAAAUUGCUUCCUGAAAGACACUUCACAGCUUCCAGUACAUAGCAAAUGUUCGAUGAUGCCUAGUGAGUGUUUUUUUUUUUUUUUUUUUUUAGGUGCACUGAAUUAGUGGAAGAAUAAACAGAGGUCCCUGUUUUAGAGGUUAAGAAGAGGCUCAGCUUAUCAAACUAUCCAUCUAGACAAGGUCCCUCUUGAAGGGAAUUAAUAUACAGUGUAUAAUGCCGAGAAAAGAAAUAAGACAUACUGUUCUAUGACGUCAUUACAGUAAAUGCAUAUUCAAUAAGAAAAAUGCCGACAAGGGAGUUCUUCGAGGGUCCACUUUCACUAGUACUGCAUAACCCAUUGAAUUUCCUUCUUUAUGAAAUGGAGCUUGUGGGCAUGAUUCGGUAUUGAAUGCCAAUCUCUUAAUACAAACUGCAAUGUUGUAAACUGAGACACUGGCAUUGUCACAUGCCUGCACAUGUUUAUUCAAAUUGUAAAUUGGUGUUUGUGUCACUGAUUAGAGUUUAGGAACAUAACAGAGCAUAUAUCGUCCACAGCUUAUUAAGCUAAAUAAAUCUAAGACCAUAUUGUCUUGGGUGCAACCUGAUUUUACUUUCUUUGGUAAAAACAGCCCAAGAUAUCCUCAAAUGAUGGAACUGCAUCUAGAAAAAUACUCACUUUCUGCCCAGUUAAACCACAAGAAGUAAUGAUAGAAAUUAAAGGUGCUUAAUCCCACAAAGCUCAAACACCAUUCCAGAUUAACGAAAAUUAAAACUUGAUCAUCUUUGUUUUUCAUCAUAGAAAAUACCUUUGUACAAAAAAAGUGAAAUGGUAUUUGAGUUAUUAAUCAAUUAGUAUAUUGAAUAAUUAACUAAUUAUUAACUGGGUUGUCAAGCUAUCCACAACUGAAACUGCUCUAACAUGUCAAAAACACCACUAUGGGUCCUGCAUCGAGUUUCCCAUGCUUAAAUCAGCAUUUUGAGGCAUCAAAUUUGGCGUAUAAAAAAUUAUAUGUUGGGCUUUCUGAGGUUAAUAUUUACUUAGUGAAAUAUGUGAAGCCUAUAAAUGAAUGCCGUUGUAUGUGUUGGGGGCCAUGUAACGGUGCUUUCCUGUCCGGUAACAUAAAUUAGCUUGUAGGUCAAAUUAUUAGGUGCUGGGAGCAGCUAAUUAUACUUUCAAGCUUAAAAGCUGUGGAGAACUUGAAACAUGAAAUCCUGCAAUAUAUAUCACUGCUUCGUGAUACACAUUGCUCCCAGCAACUUUGGUGCACUUGCAUCAGGGUUCCAAUAAUGCUUGAAAACCACCAGGAAAAGUAUUUCUUGGGCAGUGAGGACACACUUGCACAACUGCCUGUAGCAGGUGUGUUGUAAGGAUAAUCCGCCUUGUAUGUCUCGACUCCUUGAGUUGUUUUGCCUUUGGAACUUUUGCUGUUGACAAAAAUGUCAAGGCAACACACAAGCCACAUUUUUGCACACUCACUUCUCUCACACACCUUAAAUUGAAACCUAUCCAGUUGCUGUUCCAUGGUGCAUACUUUCAAAAGGUGGUGACCUUGGGUGCUGCUUGCUAAUGCCAUAAUUGUUAAUAGGUAACUAACCGAAAUAUGAGCAUUUUCCUAAUGGCAGGACAGUGCACACGCCUAGCAGAGUAGCAACACAGCCGUCAAAUCCCAGGGUGAGUACUACAGGAAAGAUUUAAAUUGAAGCACUUACUCUUUGUGUGGUGGGAAUCAGAGGCUUCUACCAUGGAUUUUUGAUGAGAACAAGAGUGUGACCUGCCAUAUACACUGAAAAUGCCAUAAGUAUGUAUGUCUAUUACCAUUCUGUAGUGCCACUAGCCAGGGUCGAGUGUUAGGCACCAAAAUGUUGGAAUUUUAAAUGUUAGUAGUGGCAAUUAGCUGUGAAUUGUGUGCUCACUUCCAGGCAGCUACAAAACUAAUCAGGUAUUACCAGAAUAACUCUACUGAUUAUGCAGGCUGUAUUCCAUCCAUGCCAACUGUGUGAUACAAAAUUCACAUUUUGCUGGUUAUAUCUGCUCAUCAGCCAAUGUAUGACUACUUGGCCAUCUGACUGAAAACAAAAAGUAUCCUUGUUAAUUAUUCCCAGAAUAAUGCAAUGUACACACUUUUUUUCUCUAUGUAGCUCUAGUGUAACUGAUUGUCGUGUAGGUACUGCUACUGCUACACAUGCUGCCGGAGGCAUAUCACUUCUUUGCAGAGCAGUGACUCAAAUGACACAUGAAAUAGAGCUAGCUGACAUUGUGGCCUGAUUGUCUGGCUGGCCCUGUGAGAUAAUACAGCUGCUUGAAAGAAUGUGUGAUGUCUGCUGAAUAUUGCUUGUGCACAACACGGCAGGUAGUGCAUAAACAUUCAUGUAAGCAAGACAUCACUGUAGACACAUACUAGCUUGGGUUUUCAUACUAACAAAGCCCAAGAAAAAUACUAACGGCCCGUGAUGUUUCCUCAGACUGGUUCUUAAAAGAAGGGCAUUUUCUUUCACUCUGCCUCAUGGAAUGAAGAGUUAAAACUUGAUUCAUGCUUCGUCAGAUAACAGGUUAUUUUACUUUUCUGAUACAUGCAGGGUGCAAAUGGGCAUUUACAUCAGUUGUGGGCCACAAAUAUUGAAACUGGUGACUGCAUGUGUUUUGUUCUACAAUAUCUGUAGGGCUGAUAUCGCAUAUCGUGACAGUCAAACGAGUAUCAUGGAGUAAAGGUCUUGCAUUUCAAUGAUGAAGAUACUUAAAUAAAACUUUUUAACCAAUGUGUUCUGAAGUUUUUUUUUUUUUUUUUAAUUUUCUACCUAUUGUUUGUCUGCGAAAUCGUUAUUGUACAUGUAAGAACUCUUUUUCUUAAGAGACUAUACGUGAUUGCACAUAUGCAGCAUAGGCAGUCAUAAGAACUGCAAGCUAAUCAUUGUGCUACAUGUCUGUUUCAGUCUUUGUGAUCAUUGCAACAGUUGUGGUAUAUACUAAAAAAGUCUGAUUUUUCAAAGCUAUCAAACUAUCUGCUAGAAUCUGGCCUAGAGAUUCAGGCACAGUUGAAGUUUCUUCUUUCGCUUUUUCUGUUUCAGAAAUUUUGUUAAAACCUUAACCUCAUGGCUAAAAAUUGUUAUGGCAUCCACCAUAUCAUUGUUAUUUUAGUUGCUGAUAGCAGGCUUGCAUACACUUGAAGUGGAAUAUUUCUAUACUAUAUUUAUCUCCCAUAGUUGUGUGCCUUGACCAUAAUGACUUUAAUAAUGGUGCCAAAAAGAACCUCUUGUACUGGAAAAAAAAGUUUUACAUAUAUAUAUAAGGAUUCAGUAUAUGUUGGAAUGUUUUUUCUGACCAGACAGCUUGAUGAGCAAGAGUGCUAUGCAAUGUCUUGCAUGUGUGUGCCUGUAGCUGCUCUUAGUUACAAUGCAAGGAUGCCAUCACAGAAACUUGUUCACAGUUCUACAUACUACUCAAACAUGUUAUGUUGUCUUCCCAAUUUAGACAUGCUUUUCUGAUAUUGCGAAAACAGAGAAUGCCUGAAUUUACGCCAGACCUGGUUGUUUCUGAAAUCGCCAGUCGCAGUUGUAGUGCUUGCACAAUGUUUUCUUGGAAACUCGUCUGUGACUUCAAGCUUGAAGUCUGAAUGGAGUUUGCUGAUGCAUGACCAUGCCACAAUGUGAAUUCCAGUAAGUAUAACGUGACAAGUGUGGAUUACCAAAAGGUUAAACAUACUUGCAUGUCACAGUGACAUGUUUGCACUGCGAUGUUGUUGGGAAUUAGUGGUCAUGGAAAAGCAAGGUUCACUUUUCUUGCUUUUAGUUAAAUUACUUAUCGUGUUCUACAGGGUGCACCAUAAUUGCUAUCACACACUUGGAUCAAUAAUAGUGCCUCUGAUUUUUUAGCAUUUCUCCACAUUGUUUCUUCAGUACUUCUUUGGUAUUUUGACCAUAUUUAAUGCUGGUUUGUUCAUUUUUCAAAAAAUGGCAUGCCCUAGCUCACAUCAACCCACAAUCUCGUCCCUGAGCGAGGCCAGACAUUCUCUUUCUGAGGUUGCCAAAAUUCUAAAAAUUACUGCAAGAUUGUCCACUGAGCUCUCAAAUGUGGCAAAUUUAAUUACUUAAACCACAGUGGUCGUCUUGUCUCUGUGGUCUCUUCUCACUUUAAGAAAAAUGUGAAAGGAAUCCAAUGCCAGCCAUGGAGAAGUAUCGGAAGGUUAGCCUUCGAGCUGAAUGUGUCGGCGACAACAGUGAGAAGAGACUUGCAAACUGUAGUGGUGGUCAUCUAGCUAGUUAUAGCAAGUGUCCUACGCGGGCAGCGACAAUAAAGCGAAAGAAAGCGUUUAUCUUGGGGCCAACAGGAAAGGAUGAGAAAAAUAUGAUGAAGAAAAAGACGGAGAGUCGCAGAGAGUCAGACGAAAUCAAAUGGAGCUCAAAGAGUGAAACUGAUUUCCCAAGCCUGAAGCCUUCUCCAGAAAUCCAGGACACAGUGGUGCCAUCGCGCAGCGGACCAGCUAAUGCAGUCGAAUCAAUGAACAGAGGCCCCGGCCGUAGACGAGAAGACUGCUGAACAACCGGAACAGCGAAGUUAUGUGUCUGCACUGCAGCGACCCCAAUUGCAUUGCGAUGAAAAAACACCACAGGAGGACUGUCAGCAGGUGCUACGUGCUCUCUUCAGGGCCUUGCGAUCACACAUAGAGAAGAUGCCGGCGAGCUCGAUGAAGGACAUGCUCAAAGUAGUCCUGGCUCUCGAGUCAGUGAUUCUAAGCUCUGCCUCUUCUUAAAGCACCUAGCAAUAUGGAUGCGGUCAGGACACAAUGCUCACCAUCUCGCCCAAAGCUGCCACUUAUUAUGCAAUGGAACUGGGCGGGUCUUGCGUGCCAUUUACCUGAACUGUCGCUUACCUUACGCAACAUGCCUGUGCCAAUAUUGGCCCUGUCCGAGGCUGGUCUUCCAAGUUCCAGAUCAAUUGCUGGUUAUGUCGCACAUGGAAACCAAAGUAUUCCGACACUUCCGAACGGAAGUGCCAUGCUAUAUGUCAGACGUGAAAUACCACAUUACGUUCUACCAGUUCAAGACCUUUGCAGCAGUGCUCUGGAAGUCACUGCUGUACAAGUGCGGCUGGGAAACCGAAGCCUCAGCGUGGCCUUUGUAGAUGUGAGCUCUCACCUGAAGGUCUCGAUGGGAGAAAUUAUAAGAGACCUCUGCAGCCGCUGCCCAGCUCCGAGGAUUAUAUGUGGGGACUUUAAGCGCACCAUACUCUCUGGGGCGACAAGGCAAUUGAUGCACGUGGGAAGCAAAUUGUUAGGGCUUCAAACACCGAGGGACUCUGCAUGGCCAAUGACAAACAGCCAACGUUUUUUCCACUACCGGCCUCUUACAGUGUCAUUGACUUGACGUUACACUCAGCGGACAUCCUCGCAUCGUCAACGACGAGUAAAGAUAGAAUGGGCAACGACCAUUUUCCUGUCUUCCUUAACAUUGCUGGAUAUAGAACCAAUGGCCGAAGAUCCUGUCCUGUGACGCAUUGGGAUACGUACAGGGACGGCCUAAGCAAAUCAUCUGGAGACCUGUUCGUGGAUAUGCUACGUAGCAAGAGAUUAGCUACCACUGAGCUGAAGCUACUCGACCACUUCCCCGCUCUGGAUCUAAAGCUCUAAAAUCUAUGCGCUGCCCGUAGAAGAGCGGAAUGGAGGCUAAUGAGGACGAAGGGCGACCCCCCAGUGAAGACUAUAUAUAACAGGAUUAACGCAGUGAUUCGACGUUACACAAGGAAACUAAGAAGAGAUCAAUGGGCAACAUUUUGUGCAAGCCUAUCGAUCUUCACGCCAGUUCCAGGGAUAUGGUGGGUCGUUAAUAACCUUGCUGGAUGGAAACUUUCGACCAAACAAGCCAUUUGAAGCCCUAGUAUUGAAGCUAGGCAAGACGCUUGCUUGUCUUGUGAAUGCCUUUGCUGAAAUAUACUCUUCCGGCAGGUCAGCCGGCACAACCAGCCCGUCUCCUCCGCUAUCGGCGUCUCUAAUGGAUGCUCCUUUCACACUCAGAGAGUUGGAACUAGCUAUAAGCAGCCUUCGACGUCGCUGUGCGGUGGGACCUGACCUUAUCAGUAAUCAGAGGCUGACUAACCUACCGGUUGAAAGACAAUGUGAUUUGCAGGCAUUUUUUAACCAAGUGUGGGCCAGCGGGGAUAUCCCACAUUUAUGGAAGGUAGCAUGGGUGGUACCGGUUCUGAAGCCUGGAAAGAAUCCUGCAGCUCUGGACUCAUACAGACUGGUAUCACUGACCUCCUGUGCAGCGAAGCUAAGGGAGAAGAUGGCGUGCAGAAGACUCACUUGGUAUGUCGAGCAGGGUCGAAAACUACCAUCGUGCAUGACUGGGUUUCGGCAGCGUCCAAGCGCUCAAGACAAUGUACUGGGCCUGCCAAGCCACAUAGAACAUUACACUGCGGAUGGCCUGUUGACACUUGCUGUUUUCAUGGAUGUUUCCAAGGCUUACGACUGCGUGUCUCAAAGAGCCAUCAUGAGCCAGUUACAAGUUAUAGGCGUCACAGGUCAUCCCUUGCACUUCAUACAUACGUUCCUCAAUGAUCAUCGCAUCAGAGUUCGUCUUGGCGACACUUUAAGCGAUGAAAUACGUAUAUUUCGCGGCGUGCCACAGGGAAGUGUUUUAUCUCCCUUAUUAUUUAACAUUGCCGUGAGUAGCCUCCCAAGAGUACUAAACCAUCGAACACCAGUGAAGAUAUCUAUAUAUGCCGAUGAUAUCUGCAUAUGGGUCUCCGGCUACCAGCAUCGCUGCCUCACACGAAUAGCCCAGGGAGCAGUAAAAGCCAUUCAGGGCCACUUGGCAACGAUUGGAUUAUCACUAUCAGCAGAGAAAUCAUCAUUCGUACUAUUUCCUGGAGUGAAAAGAAAAUCUACACGCUUGACGCUGAAUUUGGACGGAUACCAGAUUCAACAAGUCACCAAUGUCCGAUUUCUUGGCAUUACCUUAGACCACAGGCUACCCUGGCACCGCGGUGUUGACCGCGUUCUGCCGUCAUCGUCACCCAGGCUACAUUUGCUCAAGCGAGUCGCUGGCAUACGCUGGGGCAACCACCCGACGUCGAUGCUACGGCUACAUACAGCGUUGGUUACCAGUCGGAUCCUGUAUCAGCUACCUCUGAUGUCACCCUCAGAGAGCCAAUAUGAGUGCUUAGAAGCCAUCCACAGAAAACGUAUUUGACUUUGCCUUGGAGUCCCACAGCCAGCAUCAAACUAGAAAGUGCUCUACGAAGCUGAGUCACGCCCUCUGCGACUUCAGGCUUCCCAGGCUCUCAUGAUCUAGCUACUACGAUUGAGUGAGUCUACGCCUGGCAAAUCCCUGUUACGACUUAUAGGUAACAGGCCGUGCUCACAUUUUUAUGCAGCACUGAACACGCUUCGCGUAUUAGGAUUGUGCUGCUCGAGACAGAGGGAAAGGAUAAAACCACCCUGGACAUUCGAGGACAUCACAUGCAACUUAAGUGUACCACGAUUGCAGUCAAAGAGCUGCAUUCCACCUGCAGAAGCCAAGUCAUUAGUCCUGGAACAUCUGAACAGGUCUUACCCGAAUCACCUACAAGUUUACCCAGAUGGCUCUGUCAAAGCAGACGAAGACCACUGCGCAGCUGCAUUCUAUAUUCCAUCUGUACGAUAUACGUGGUCUGGCCGUCUGGACUGUAUAGCCUCGUCGACAGUUGUGGAAGGCGUAGCAAUAGCUUCUGCUCUGCACAAACUAAAGACUUUGCCUCCACAGGAUGUGGUUGUCCUUACGGACUCAAAGGCCGCAUUACAACAACUAUACCGUGGCCUGCCAUCCCUCAAGUUCCCAUGCAAAUCACUAGCCAUCGUGAAAGAACUCAUCAACAAGGGUUCACAGUAAAGUUUCAGUGGAUUCCCUCCCACAUUGGUAUCUCUGGCAACAAAAAAGCUGAUGCGCUUGCAUACGCAGCGCUCUAUCAUCCUCCCAAAGUCAAGGCUCCAAAGAGUAAUCAAGUGCAAAAAUCUGACAUUCGAAAUCACUUUGCGUUGCUUUUGGUUCCACCGCAUAUGCCCUGCGUGACCAAGAGAUUGCACUGAGAGGAAGCCUCACUUCUGUAUCGAACAAGGACAGGAUCUGCUAAUACACCGGCCUGGUUAUUUAAGACGGGGCAAAUCAAUUCUCCGAACUGUACGGCAUGCAACGAGACAGGAGACAUUGAGCACUUUUUGUGGUCCUGCCAGAAAUUCUAAGAUGAAAGGGACGCUCUCCUGAAGAAUCUGCAAAAAAAGGACCUUCCGCAUGCGUGCCUGCAACACCUUAUACUUCCCGAGAGAUCAGUUAUAGCCCUCAAAGAAACUUCAUGUCUCCUUAUCGAAUUCUGAAAAGAGACUGGUUUGAUGGACAUAUCCUUCAGCGGUAUUGCAAGAGACGCUCGGACGGAGCAAUUGCCGGCCUUGAUCGCCAGGCUAAACCCGCCUGUUGCUACAAUUCACCACCACCACCUUGCAAAGGGAGUUCAAGAUAUUCCCCUACAAGUUCCAAAGAAGGCAUGGACUGACAGAGGUGCAGAGAAAAGGAAGAUGGAAAAAAAAAUGGCGGGCCAUGAAUGGAAAACACUUGGAAACCGUCUUCACCAAUGCGAAAAUUUUUGCAUUAGAGGCCCUUCACAACACUGGGAACUCUCAUGUACUUGUUCCGACAUCAGAACUUGCUGAUGCAGCCAGCGGAACAUUUUUUCUAGACUCUCAUGCAGUGUCUGUCAUGCUUUGAGCUGGGGUAACUGCUAUUGGCCACAUUGCUCUUGUUCUCAUGACAAAAAGCGCAUAGAUUGACACUCACACAUACAUUAGAGAUAUUCUAGAGCCUCAUUCACUCCCAAUCCCACUUCUAUGUGGAAUCUUUGAUUUUGCAGCAGGAUGGCGCCCCAGCACAACAAUCGAAGAUCAAAUCAACACCUUAACAGGGGUGUCGCACUUUCACGGCCGACUUUAUUCCAGCUGUAGAGUGGCCAGCGCACUACCCUGACCUGAACCCUAUGGAUCAGAGUAGCCACAUAUAGCCCACACACACAACAUAUGUGUGUGGGCUAUUCUUGAAAAGAAGGCCCGCACCCAUUGGCAUACCAGCAUAGUGGUUCUAAAAGCUUCGCAGGAACGAGUAUGCAUAAAAAUUUCUCUGGGAAUACCUUGCAGGCUGCGAUUUAGGCCUACCCAGAAUGCUUAAAGGCCAUCAUCAAGGUCAAGAUCAUAGACAUUCAAUAAAAUGUAUUGUAUUGCAUUCCUAAUGCAUUGGGUAAAUGCCCUACAAAUGAUCUACUGGGAUAUUUUUAUUCUCAACCAAAAUACUAUACUCCAUCUCAUAAGCUGGUUGCAGCACUGCGGAAGGUACGAGGCGUUCACAGGUAAUAUCCUUGCGCAGCGGUAUAUAGUUCCGGGCGUAACUGGCCGAUUAUUGGCUACACUAGAGAGUUUUAUUUUUGCUCACUACAUGAUACGGUACAGUAAUACGUGAAAUUUUAGGAUCUUUGCAUGUGCAUAUCAUAUACCAAGAAUUACUGUGGCAGUUACUGCCGGUAACCGUAAUAGCCACCCUCACUGUGGCAACAAGGCAGCGCCCAUACAGCACCGCCCGCCCGCUUCGAUCCGAAUUCGCACCUGCUCCUGGCUCUCCGCCCCGUCAGCAAAAAACAAGUGGCAAAAUCCGUCAUUGCUAAGUCCAUCUGAAGCUGAGGUCAAAUCAUUAGGUACAUUUUGUCAUAAUUAUUAAGAUCGGCAGUUUGUUUUCACGUUGCUAGGUCUACGGACACGGCACGGAGCCAUAAAACUGGUUUGAUUUCUAGUUAGCAGAUUGCGCCAUAGCAUUAGCAUUGGUGAUGCGUUGAUGAUGCAGAAUGCUAUAAAAGCCUAAUUGUUCACUGCAUCAUUAAUUUACUACUCCGCUCUAGCAUGGUACAUGAAGAUAGUAGCGAGCAAAUGCCAAGUAGACGCUGUGAACAUUUGUAAGGACUUUCGCCCAUACUUCUUGCUAAGGAGGCUGCUAGGUAACUUCAGGGAAAGCGUACAGGUAAAGCGAAGCUCUGCUGUCGCAUGUGUGCAUUUUUUGCAUCAAUCCACUGACUAUGGAGCCAACCAUGGAGCAUAUAACAGGAUAGCAAGCAGACGCCGACUAGACUCGAGGGGCAUUCGACCUUCCUAUUGGCUGAGAAUUCGUAUAGCUUCCACAGUGCUGCAACCAGUUUUUGAGAUGGAGUAUGGGCAUAAACCUUGUGACAGUAUUUAUGGCACACCCUGUAAUGUAAUUUUCUAGUGCUACUGGAUCCUACUGAAAUGCACAAACAUUUCAUGUCUCUGCAGCUAGUUGCUGUCAUGACCUCCCACACUGACACGUGAAUUGCACUGCUUGUCAAUAUGGUUGGAUGUAGAAGUACGAGUGGGUGUUUGUGGUUUAUAUGUAUAGCAUGUGCUUCAUUGCAGCCCAGUAGUAUAGCAUAUGCAUACGCACAAUGUAAACUGUGGUAGCACAGCUGCAAAUUUUUAUUUUGCAGUUGUGCUGUUACCAAAGGAUAUUGUGAAUACACCUGAUAAUCAUGAAUUGAACUGCACAUUUAACACAAAUCUUCAUGCACUUUGUGCUUUAGUCAUUGGAUGAACUUUUGUGUAAUGGCAUACAUGUGCGCCUUGUAUUAAAUGUAUAUGAGAUAAGUUGCUGUGACAAGUGCAAUAUCAUAGGGUUUGGUCUGGCUAGGGGUGAGUGUAAACUGAAACUGUGAUUAAAGAGGAAUAAAAAUUCGUUUUGUAGUAUUGUAGGUACAAAUUACGAGCAUCAUUGCAUGCAAUUUUUCUUUUAAAAGAACUUAAUUAUGCAAUUUCUAUCCUUUCGGCAUCAUGAACUCCCAGUAACGCCACUCAAUGCAUGGGUCACCCAUGUGCAUUGAACCGAGAUUCACACAACUGUGAUAAGGAUGUUGUUCAAGUAACUUAGGCUUUUAUGGUUGAAUAUUUCUCGAUGGCUGUAUUUCUUCUCUUAUUCUAUGCUUACAUGUAAAUAGGUUCUUAUUGUUCUCUCAGUACACCAUACUGAAGAGCACAGAAAUUUCAUCUAUGUAUGUGUAAUAAUGUUCCUACCUCUAACGGUCGUUGUGCAAAGUGAAAAUGUGGUCCGAUAUGCAGUGGCCAGCAUUGGCAGUGAUAGCAAGCGAUAAAAUGUGGUGGGUAACGACUGCAAGACAAAGUUGUCAUGCCUGUUGUGUUGUGUGUUAGUCUAUGUGUAACAAAGCGUCAUGCUUGUUUUACACGUUGACUGAAGGAAGUUGAGCACAGAGAAACACGAGGAGAAAAGAAGCCACUUUGGACAAGCAAGCUCCUGUGUGUCCAAUGUGCCUUCCUUUAUCCUCGUGUUUCUCUGCACUCAAUUUAGUCUAGAUGUACCCAUAUUCCCGUCCUUGUUUACAAAGUUGUGUUGAUAUCGAACUCUCUUGUGUAAAGCAUUUCUUUAGACUGUGGAGAUCUAUCGCACAAUCUUUUGAACUCAAAGUAUAAAUGUGACUGGGGUGUGUCGCUUGCUUCCUUCGCAGUAUGUACUUAAACAACAAUAAAACAGGCAAUUUUGCCCUGUU